AUGAAAGCUAACUCCGACAGUCAAUCAAUAACCCCUGCCAUCAUUUACGGCUGGGACACACAACUAGCUGCAAAUGUACUGGUGUUCUUUACCGCUGCCAAGCGCAUCGCUAUUGUUAUAUUUAUCAAUGGUACGAGAAACAAGUUGAUACGACUUGCUGACAAGUCGCCCGCCGGCUGGCAAACUGUGAAGGAAUACGUGUCCGACGAUCUCGCUUCUGACAGUGAGGACGAGAAACGUAUUAGACAGGCGGAACAGAGGGCAUUGAGGAGUAUAAAACUUAAACAUGGUUCUAGUAAACGUAGUUCUUCGGCUGUUUUUAACAACAGUGGUAAUACAGCUACACGUUACGCCUCUCCCCCCGCAGCCGCGGGGUCUGCGCCUUUUCGUGGAGGACCCUAUAACUACGGAGUCACUGCCCCGCGCAGCACCGCCCCUUCGGACCAGUGUUUCUCAUGUGGGGGAUUCGGUCAUUGGAGGAGGGACUGUGGGAAAUUCAGACAGGGAGGAUCUCGACAGCCACAGCAGCAGACAAACGGACCGAAGUGACGAGAUUCAUGAUAAGUAUACAUAUACUUCUCCCUCGUUGUUUGAUUUAGACGAACUGAGCUCUCAUAAACAGUUUUUUGAAUAUCAGGACAAUCGUCC